CAUACAGUGUUUCCGGAAGAACGGCUGCAGUGACGUAGACGGAAGUACAUCCUCAGCUAUGUUUCGUAUUGUCAUUUACCGCGGUCUCCUCACACAUGAUAUCUCAUGAAGUUUUAUUCUGUAGUAUCAAGCCAAAAUGAGUGGUGGGAACAAUCAAAAAACGUUGUUCCAGGCUUGGGGUGGAUCUGUUCCUCAGAAAAAUCCUAUUCCAACCAAACACAAUGCCAGAAAAACUGUUAAACGGCCUCUUCAAAGGAACAAAACAGACACACACACUGUGGAAACAGCAAAGACACAACAGCAACAACGGAUGAAUGGACAAGCUUUACCUCCUCGCCGUUCGCUUUGGGGUGAGAUCGGUCAGGUUUCGGGGCCAGUACACACAGCAGCAAGGAUGGAGGACGUUCAGGAACUUGACGACGAUGAGCUAUUGUUAGUUGCUGUGUACGAAGCUGAGCAGACUUUGCAAACGGAUGCCACUGCUGCCCAAGAUGAUAAAAAUCAUGCAACUGAAGAGAUUGAACCCUCUCCACUUUGUUCAAGUGGACGUUACAAUCAAGAUUUUCCUGGUUUUGAUAGCUCAUCGGCUACAGUUUGGAUCUAUCCUACUAACCUCCCCAUCAGAGAAUACCAGCUGAAAAUAUCGGAGGCUGCCUUGUUCCAAAACACCCUGGUAUGUCUUCCCACCGGUUUGGGAAAGACGUUUAUAGCCGCUGUUGUCAUGUACAAUUUCUAUCGCUGGUACCCGUCAGGGAAGAUUGUGUUCAUGGCCCCAACCAAGCCCCUUGUAGCUCAACAAAUUGAGGCCUGUUAUAAAGUGAUGGGAAUCCCACAGAACCACAUGGCUGAGCUGACAGGGAGCACUAAGGCGGGCCAAAGGCGGGAGCUGUGGAAGUCUCGGCGGGUGUUCUUCCUCACGCCCCAGGUCAUGGUCAAUGACCUGUCGAGAGAAACCUGUCCCGCACUGCAGGUCAAGUGUGUGGUCAUCGAUGAGGCGCACAAGGCACUGGGCAACCAAUCUUACUGUCAGGUUGUCCGGCAGCUGUGCUCCCAGACGCAGCAGUUUCGGAUCCUUGCUCUGAGUGCCACACCUGGGGGAGACUCUAAAGCUGUGCAGCAGGUGAUCUCCAACCUGCUGAUCUCCCACAUCGAGCUGCGCUCGGAGGCCAGUCCCGACAUCAAGGCUCACACCCACCAGCGCACCCUGGAGAAGGUGGUGGUCCCCCUGGGGGAGGCCCUCGCAGCUCAGCAGGCACGCUACCUGCAGGUGUUGGAGAAGUUUACCGCCCGCCUGACCCAGAACCAAGUGAUGAGCCACAAGCAACUGCACUCUCUCACCAAGUACCAGAUCAUCCUGGCCAGGGAGCAGUUCAGGAAGAACCCCCCGCCACAUAUUAAGGAACCCCAGCAGGGUGCGAUGGAGGGGGACUUCGCCCUGACCAUCAGCCUCUGCCAUGGCUACGAGCUGCUGAUGCAGAUGGGCCUCCGCUCCCUCUUCUUCUUCGUCCAGGGCAUCAUGGACGGCUCCAAAGAGAUGGCGAGGGCACGAAAUGAGUUGCAGAGAACUCCAGUCUUCAUGGACCUUUACAAGGAGAUGGAAGCUAUGUUUAUGAAGUCUCCUGCUGAUCCUGGCCAGCCGUUCAUUUACAGUCAUCCCAAACUGAAGAAGCUGGAGGAGGUUGUCCUGCAGCACUUCAGACUAUGGGCAGAGAACUCCGCCAACAAGACUGAGACCACGUCGGGUUCUGCAGAAGGAGGAGUGAGCACCCGUGUCAUGAUCUUCUCGUCUUUCCGCGAGAGUGUGCAGGAGAUUGCUUCCAUGUUGAACCAGCACGCACCGCUGAUCAGGGUCAUGACCUUUAUGGGCCAGGCCUCGGCGGGUAAGGGGGUCAAAGGAUUCACCCAGAAGGAGCAGUUGGAGGUGGUGCGUGGUUUCCGCCAGGGGGGCUUCAACACGCUGGUGUCGACGUGCGUCGGGGAGGAGGGGCUGGACAUCGGCGAGGUGGACCUCAUCGUGUGCUUCGACGCCCAAAAGAGCCCCAUCCGCCUGGUGCAGCGCAUGGGCCGCACGGGGCGCAAGCGGCAGGGCCGAAUCGUGGCCAUCCUGGCCGAGGGGCGCGAGGAGAGGACCUUCAACCAGAGCCAAAUCAACAAGAACAGCGUGGACAGGUCCAUCGUGGGCAACCAGAACAGCUUCCACAUGUACCCCCACAACCCCCGCAUGCUGCCCGAGGGAGUGACGCCGACGCUGCAUAAGAUGCACAUCACCUGCGGCCAGUUCGACCACGGCGACAGCAGCGGCGGCGGUGGUGGCAGGCGGGACUCGGGAGGGCGGAGAGCCCGCUCAGAGGGCCAGACCCCCCUGAUCCACCCCCAGAACCUAGCGGUGUGUCAGAGCAGCGUGAGGUCGGAUGGGUUCCUGAGCCCGGCAGAGUAUUCCCUGUGGGCCUCCACCAUGAGGCUGAAGGAGGACGAGGCUCAGCCGACCCUGAGGACAUCGCAUUUCCUGUCCCUGCCGUGCACUCACACACCCACUACCCCCAGGGCGACAGACUCCCCUGGGAGGGGCCCUGGGGCCAGAGAGUUGUCCUUAUGGGAGUGGAGGCACUGGCAGAACCGCGCCCUGCCCACCUACUCGGUGGACCACUCCUCCCGCUGUCGUCACUUCAUCCAGGUGAUGGAGCUCAUAGACCGCCUGCGAGAAGAGAGCCCUGAGGGAGGAUGCAGUUAUGCAAAGGAGCUUCUCCCUCACCUCCACAAGGGGGAUGUCAUCGGCCUCCUCCAGGAUGGACAGGCAGAGAAACCCUCCAAGAGACCAACCAAGAUGAACCCCAAGGCCUGCAGCACCAAGAGCAAAAGCAAGAGCUCCAGCCGGUCUGCCAGCGAACUGGAGGGUAUCGGUGAGGAGGAGGAGGAGGAGGAGGAGGACAGGGAUCACGGCAGAGGGAUCAGGUCAUUCUCGCCAUCGACCACCGUCCGGGGUAAGCCUCUGAUGGAAGACGACCCAGAUUUCAUGGGUUUCAGAGAUGAAGAACGGUCAAACCACGACCCCGGAAGGAUUCCAGAGACGCGGCAUGACUGCAUCGUUGAACCCGAGGACGACAACAUUUCCGAGAAUAAUAAUCUUUCGUCCCGCUGGGAUCUUGUGGGUGAACCACCUCCCAGCAUCGGCGACCACGACAAUGACCCAGGGCUCGAGGAAAACAUUGAAUUCCAGGCCACGUUUUACCUACCCAGAGGAGUUCCCGUGGUUUCUUCCUCUCUCAAAUCCCUCCCAGAGGAACAGAAAUCGGAGCGUCUGAGGGUGUUAUUGGCCAACGUGGCGGAGCUGCUGUCCAGGUCUCCCCCACCGUUACCCUUAGACUUUGUCAUAGAGGAGGACAUGUUGGAGAUUGGGUCACCUGACCCCCCAAUCCCUACCUCACUACCUCCUUCCCCUGAACAGGUGCUGAGCGAACAGGAAGAGCAACAUCAGCCCCUCAUCCAGGUCAACUUUGACCUCGAUUUAGAUGAUGAUGAUGAUGAUGAUGAUGACGAUGAUGUCAUCGAUUGUGGGGAUGUCAUGAUGAAGAAUGACGACCCUUCUGCCGACGAUGUGUGUGAUGUUCCCGGUACCUCCAAGCCUAUCCUUAAUCCUCUGGAACCUGAAAUUGAAAGUGUAGCCGACAGCCCGAGCUGGGACGAGGUGUUUGGUUAUGAACUGGACCACAAUGGACCAAGAGAUGAGGUUUUUGUUGAUGAUGAACUGGGCAACCAGGAUUUCAAUCAGCAGGUGGAUGAUCGUGGCAAAGCAGCAAAGUGUACGGGGAGAAGGACUGAAGAAGCGGUCAGACGCCGGGAUGGGGAUGUGAACACUGGGAAAAUGACAGCAGGACCGUUGCUCGUUGAGCAGCAAGCCCUGUGUCGAGUGGCCGGGCCGAGUUAUGCAACCGUCUUGGACGAGAGCAUGGAUCUGUUUAGCGAUGACGAGGCAUUCCUGCGAAUGACUAUCCCGGAGUUAUCCACACCGGAGGAAAGCUUCGCGGCAGACGCAUCGCCGCAUCCCAAACACCUCGCUGAUGCCGUGAAACACACCGAACCAAACAUCUCGCAUUUUGCGGUGGUGAGUGCAUGUGACACUAUAGACUUAACCGAAAGUGUGCGUAGACGACGGGCAAACUGCUCGGAGAUGUCAUCUUUCUCUGGUACGAAGCCCAUGGCGACCCCAGCGACCCACAGCCUGCCACCCACACACAGAGUCGUAAAAACACCACGACGCGGUCACGACAAGACACCGCCUACCGCGUCGGAAACGUCUCCAGACUCACACAACGCGGCAUCAAGUGGCCACGGAGCAGAAGCGCUUAUUUCACAUGCCGGGCUAGGUUGCAUCGACGAUGCUUCUACCACAGAACAACCGAACGUGGAUUCGUUAGACGGCUCCUGUAAUUUGUUCCCGGUGAACUUUGACCUUGGAUAUUCUCUGGAUGACUCGGAGGAGGAAGCUGUGCAGGAGGAGGAUGAGGGUGUGGUUAUUGCAUCUGUCAUGAAGGCCUCACCCCACUGGAAGGAGCAGGAACUAGGUGAGGUGUGUCCAGCGGUGGCCCUGCCACCCAUCCCCGGCUCUUCCACCCCUCUCCACGGCCACCGCAGACCAAUCGGACCGGGGUCCUUUGGGCGCGGACUACCAACCCCCAUAUCUCAUUCGGCCCCCCGCCGAGAGGGGGCAAUCAGUCACAUCCUGGCCACACCGUUGUCCUCUCAGGGCGGGCCUCUCGCGUCCCCCAGCGCAUGGGGGACACUGAGGCGGACUCUCCUCCCUGGUCCUUCGCUCUGCCCGCCGGGCGGUCUAAAGAGGAAACAGCAGCAGGAGGAGGGGGAGGGCCCCAGCAGCGAGGCCAAGAGGCCCAACACAAGCCGGGCGGGAGCAUUCGGCAUGGAGGACAGCAGGGGAGCCAAGCCUUUGCCCAGCCAGCCUGCUGAUCCAGGUCUGUCCGACAGCGAGGAGGAGGUCCAGAUCAACAGGAGAAGACCGCAGGCCAGGGCUAACCCGCUGUCCUCACCAAAUGAGUCCAAGAUGUUUAGCCACGUGGAUUCCCCCGUUAUGGUGAAGAGGAAGAAGGCUGCACCUCUGAACAUAUCCGAGGAGGCGCCAGAGGGAGCCAUGUCCGACGAUGACUUCCAGAACGACUCGACGUUCUCGCACAAGCCCCGCCCCUCAAGACCCACCGGGCCAAUCCAACAGCAGGGAAAAACUCAGAAGACCAAGCGACAACGGGGGGGCCGUCUCUUUCUGGACGAGGAGGCGGCGCUCUCAGAGGAGGAGGGGGAGGGGGUAUCUUCUGACGAAGAGGACGGUUACCACCUCAACCGGUCUCUGGAAGGCUUCGUCGUGGACAACUCAAACCUUUCCCAGGGGCUCAACGAAUCUGAGAUGCACGGGAUGUAUCUGAAGUCCCUGAGAAGCCCAGUGGCCGCCGGGCACAGGUUCAAGAUGGUCUACAAACCCUCCCACAACAUGGACAUCUUCUCUCAGGUUCCCGAGAUGGACGAGACCUAUGCAGAGGACAGCUUUGUGGUGGGCAGUCAGGAGGAGGAGGAGGAGGAGGUGGUGGAGGAGGAGGAGGAGGGAGGCACUGAGGAUGAGGUGGUGGCUCUCCCAGAGGUCUCGUACGUGGACGGGAGGAAGCAGUACACCACCAGGCGCCAGGUGCUGCUGCACCACAUGAGGUCCAAGGCGGGUUCUUCCGGCCGCCGUGGGGCGGGGCACACGGGCGUCCCGCCGAAGCCGGAUGAGACCGGCAAGCGGUCACGCAUCGUGAAGAUUCAGGACUCCAGUGAAGAGGAGGAGGAGGAGGAGAAGGAGGGAGAGGCGGUCGCUGUUGUUAACUCCAACGCCGCCACCCUCUUCAAGCCAUCUGCAGUACUAAAUGAUGCGACCCUGGACAAACCUCCACAACGACAAAAUGCUUCCUCCUUCUCUUCCUCCUCCUCCUCCUCCUCCUCCUCCUCCUCCUCCUCCUCCAGUAUAGCAUCGAAGAUCUCCUCCCUAAGCAGGAAGACGCCCCAACCUUCCAGUACGGACUUGUUGAGAGAAAGGUAUUCUGUCCUUCUUUUUCUAGCCAUCCUUUACGGUAGCAGACUAAUGGACUUAUGCAGACUGACAUGCUUUACUUCUACCAGCAGGUGUCGCCAGAGGUUAGAAAACCAGGCCCGGUUGUCUGAGGAGCUCGACUUUGAGGAGUCUGAGUCCAUGUUAGCCCCGCGGAAACCACCAAAGACGACCACAUCCACCCUGUCGUCGAAUCCCCAGCCCUACAAGCCUUUCGGUCAUGCUUUAUCGACGGACAAGCCCUCCUUGCUUUCCCCUGCCACAACCAUCACCACCCCCACCAACACUACCACCACCCCCACCAACACUACCACCACCCCUGCCACCGUCUGCAUCCUGGUGGACAGCCGCUGCAUCAGCAGCAGUGCGGACCUGGUGAGCGGCCUGCGGCAGCACCACUCGGUCAACGUGCACGUGUGCUCGCUGGACAGCAACUACUUUGUGCUCAGCAACCGCAUGGCGGCGGAGCGACACACCCUGUCGGAGCUGGCCGGCGUUCAGAACCGGAAACGGCUGGUCACGAGGGUGAACGGCCUGCAGGGCCUGUUCGAGCGCGCCUGCUUCAUCGUGGAGAAGGACCCCACCAAGCCAGGCGAGGUGGGGCGUUCGUUCCAGCGGACGCUCUUCUUCGAGGGCACGCUGGCGUCGCUGGUGCAGGCCGGCGUGCGUCUGCUGUGGAGCGACGGCGUGCGGGACAGCGCCCGCCUGCUGGCCGACCUGGCGCAGCUGGAGCAGAGGAAGGGCCAGGCCAUCAGCGUGCCCCUGGAGGUCAGAGGUCAGCACCGGCAGCAGGCCCUGCAGUUCUACCUGGCGCUGCCGGGCGUCGGCUACGUGCACGCGCUCCACAUGGUCCACAACUUCGUCUCCGUGGCCCAGUUCAUCACCAGCUCCGUAGAGGCCAUCCAGAAGGGAGGGGGGAUGAGCCGUAGCCGAGCCGAGGACACCUACCGCUGCAUACGUUACUCCUGCGACUCCUUCCUGCUAAAUACCUCCUCAGCCAAGAAGAAAAGGUAGCAGGCUAAAGCUACAAACCACUAAAUCACUACCGCUCAAUUUUGUUUUUUUCUCAUCCUUUGCACUCUAAUCAUGUCACAUUUUCCUUUGCAAUACAAUGCAAUAAUUUGUACCUAUUAUUUUGUACCGGACCAUAUUGGACCUUAAGUUUAUCAUUAUUUAUUGCUGCUCGCAUAGUGUAGAAAUCUUGGUUGUACUCAGGAGUUUUUCAUAAAAAUGUGGAUGCCCUAGAUUAAAUAUGGUAUUUUGUUGUGCCACUUGUAUUUGUGUGCAAGUAUUAAUUUAUAUAAAUAAUUGGUUCACUUGGAUGUUCCUUUUCAGGUGACGUAAGAUAAAAUGGGUCGAUCCUCUUUGUGAUUCAAUAAAGUAUAAUUUAAGUAUUACAUUUACCUGUUAUAAAUUAUGUCAACUGCUCUGCAAUGUCUACCUCUUACCACUAAGACUAUAAAAUAAAUGUUGUAACUGGUUUAUUCAGUCAUUCAUUAAAAAAAAUGACAAAUGGCAGAUUCAACAUUCACAGAUGUACAUAACACAGGCAACAGUGGUGAACAUUUUACAAGGCCAGCGAUCACAUUCAUCAGUCAAAUGGCAUGGCCCAGGAUUGGACGAUUUUAAUGUAACAUGGAACAGCUAAAAAUAUAUAAAGUACUAGAAUACUGAAAAAUGGUCUACACAUUGCAGAACCAAACUCACAGAUAAUCCCCUUGUCAUUGUGCGAUUGUUUUUUUAACCCCAUAUACACCUCAUAUUUAUGAUACAGCAGUUUCUCAAAACAAAAUGGAGGUACAGUAGAAAAUAACUUAAUCUGAUUAACUAGUUUGGCUUCAUUCAAUCUGAAAAGAUCGUAGUUUAGAGUUAACAAAGAUAGUUUAUUUCAAAUAAGAGCUUCUCUUUCGGCUAAAAUGAUCUUUGUUGGUGUAUUUCCAAACCGUUGCCAAAGAAAACCAAGAGGAACAUUUAAAAUGAAUUAAUAUUGUCCACUGGAUUGAAACAAACGUAUUGCUCAGAUUCCCAUCCAUAUAAUCAGCAUAGAAUCUUCCACUUGACAAAGUCCCACAGACUCUACAGUAACAUGACUUUUCAUAGGAAAGUUUGGAUCUUCUGGAACUGUAUAAAGAUCCUUAAAUACAUAUAAAUAUAGUAUCCAAAAGUAUGUAGUGUACAUGUAUGGCUACCUUUUAAUGUGUAACAGGAUUUGGACGUGGUCUGCUGGUCAAUUGUAAACUGAAAAGGCCAUGUCUUGUGUCCCAAUUCCAUUCUUGCUUUAUUUGACCAAUUUCAAAAUUGUACUCUUGGUUGAGCCUCAAAUUUAACAUGAAAUGAAUUAACUAAAAACAAGGAGAGUUUAACAAUCAGUGUAUGAAUCCAAAAGCUUUUUAGCAUCAUGUAGUAGUUUUGCAAAAAGGCAAAGUAAUCACUCUUCUUUUUAAAAUAACCAUUUGGAACAAAAUUACUUUUCAUUCAGAUGCAUUUCAACCAGAGUACUGAAUGAAUACUCGCAGAAGACGAAAUGAAAAAAACAAGUGUUGCUUUGACCUAAACAAUUUCCUAUGUUGUCCACAUUAAACUCACCACAUGUAACACACUGCUAUGUUAAGUGGCAAUGUAACCCAUAAAGUCAAGCAUCUUGAGAGGCCAUCCUGGUCUGGUGAGUUCAUUUAGUUACUCUCUGCAGUUAAGUCUGGGGAUUUACAAUUGAACAUUAAUAGGAUCGUUCAUCUAGAGGGGGAAAGAGUUACAGUUCAUGAUUAAAUAGACUGAAUGACAAUGCUAAAAUAUUAACAAAUCUGCAAGGAAGGUUUUUCUCACUCUUAUUCACUGGAGAAUGCAAGACAUCCCUCCCCCUUCUGGCCGCCAUUGUACAUUGUAUUGUAUUGUAUCUUAGUACUUAACUGUGUAGCAAUUGCAGUAGCUGCUAUCAUUGCUGUAACACGGGGAAUUGGUUAGCCUAGCGAUUGUUGUACUUGUUGUACACUUGGUUCUAUGAACAUACUUUCUGUACCGACAGCGAUAUAUUGUUGCACUUCUUAUGACAAAUGUACUUAUUGUAAGUCGCUUUGGAUAAAAGCGUCUGCUAAAUGCCUUAAAUGUAGAUGUAACAUCCAC